GCGGCCGGGCCCGCCUCCGCCGCUCGGCACAGCAGCACCGCGGACAGCGCCGGUCCCCCCCGCGCGGCUCGGCACGGCCCCGGUGACAGCGCCGGUUCCCCCGUCCCCGGCACGGCACGGCCCAGCCCCGCCCGGCCCGGGCGCACGCCGCGCCAUGGCCACGGAGGUGCAUAGCCUGCAGGAGCUGCGGCGCAGUGCGUCCCUGGCCACCAAGGUCUUCGUGCAGCGGGAUUACAGCGAUGGGACCACGUGCCAGUUCCAGACAAAGUUCCCCCCAGAGCUGGAGAGCCGGAUCGAGCGGCACCUCUUUGAGGAAACCGUGAAAACUCUUAAUGGCUUCUACGCUGAGGCGGAGAAGAUCGGGGGCAGCUCGUACCUGGAGGGGUGCCUGGCCUGCACCACCGCCUAUUUCAUCUUCCUCUGCAUGGAGACACACUACGAGAAGGUCCUGAAGAAGAUUUCCAAGUACAUUCAGGAGCAAAAUGAGAAGAUCUAUGCACCACGGGGGCUGCUGCUCACCGACCCCCUGGAGCGUGGCAUGAGAGUCAUCGAGAUCUCCAUCUACGAGGAUCGGUGCAGCAGCGGCAGCUCCAGCAGUGGCAGCUCCAGCAGCAGCAGCGGUGGCGGGGGUGGCGGGGUGGGGGGCCGGUGACUGGCAGGGAGUCCCUGCAGGGACUCGUACUGCCGGGACAUUGGCCUCUCCGAGCUCCGCAGGCUGCACUACCAGAGCACCCGCUUCUGAGCCCGGGGUGGGUGGGAGGGGGAGGCUGGGGCUGCCCACCCCCCUCUGUGCCCCCCACAGUUGCUCUGCCCCUGAUCAGACCCACUGUGGGCAGGGGCUGGUGCUGGGGCAUCUCAGGUACUUCCCACUGAGCCAAACUGGUGCCAAGGGGCUCCCACGGCCCUCUGGGUGCUUGGUGCUGCUGUCCCUGCCCCAAAUGAACGAGCUUGCCCUGCCAUGGGCAGCCCCAGCUGGCAAUGUCCUGCAUGCCAUGCAUCGGGGAACAGCAGCACAGGCAGCGCUAAGGGGGGGGACACACUUAUCCCCACACCCACAGGCACUGCCAGCCCUUGCUGCACUCCCUCCCUGGGGUGUCUCGCUCUUGGUGCUGCAGGGUGGGCUCAGCUGCUGCGUGCCCACGGCCCAGGGUGCCUGGCAGAGCCCUGGUACCACUUCAUCUGCAUGAUGGUGCCGUGCACUCACCCCAGCACUGCCCCAUGCACUGCCUGUUGCUGCUUCCCAGCCCUGGCCAGAUGCCAUCAUCCAUCUGGCAGUGGCAUCCCCACCAGUAGCAUCCUCCAGCACUACCCAUGACACUGGGCACUUGCUUCUGCUCCCUGCCUGACCUGGUGCCAUCCCCAGCUGGACCCAGAAAGCUCCCCAGCCUCGAGCCUUGUGCCCAGGGCAGGGAGAUGCAGUGCUGGGCAGGCUCCUGCCCUUGUGCUGCGUGCCUCAGGCUCGUGCAUGGCCCAGCAUAGCGGCGGUUUACUGUGGCAUGGGUGAGCCAGGCUCCCUACCCAGUCCCUGCAGAAUCUGCCCACACCUGGCUGCCAGCAGCCCCCUGCCUGCUCUGCCCCAAUGCAGGGAGGGUGCCCAAUAGAGCAGCUCCACCAGGACCCUUCCUCUCCCACUACUCAGCCCCCCCCCGCCCAGACAUCCUGCAUGCAUCUGCCACGAGCACCCUGAUUCUCAGCCUGGCCUGUGGUGGGGACACUGAGGGGCACCUGGACCCAGCUGCAAGGUGUGGGGAGUUCAUGGGCCAGGGUCAGAUGGGGGGAAUAGGAGCAUCCCUGUGACAUCCAGCACCCUGAGGAGAAGAGUCCCUACCUGGGUGCAGGGCUGAUCUGAGAUGGCAUUGCUCUCCCUGAAGUCCUGGAAGGAGGACCCUGCCCCGUGGGACUCCCUUUGGCUCGGUCGUGGCAUGUGUGUGGGGUGGCCCUGGCCCUGCCAUUCCCACUGGGGCCCCCCUGCAUGGAGACCUUCCUCAAUAAACCCCAUGCUUCACCCCCC